AUGGCUCCGAAGAAACCCGCCGCAAAGUCUGCUAAGGCGAAGGGUAAGGCGCCCGCUCGAGCGUCGGCUUCAACUGCGAAGAAGACUACCCAGCCAGCUUCCAAAGUCACCAAGAGCGCUCCCGCAAAGAAGAGGAUCGCGGUCGCCAAGCCCACCGCGACACCGUCCGCGCCCAAGACGAAGAAAGUCACAAGCGCGUCAAGAAAAGCAACCCCUUUAACCAACGACGAGCGCAUUUUCAAAGACGGCCCCUUAAGCGAACUCGACUACGACGACGACCAACCCCUCGACGACAUCAGCCAGGAAAUCGGAAAACGUUCCCUGACCAAGGUCGACAAGGAGCUCAUCAUCGGCAUCCACCAACUCGAGGCUGGAGAAGAUCAUGAAUUCGCUGCCAUGGUGAAGGAUCUGCACACGCGAGAGCGGUACGACUACGCCGAGGGCAAGCCGUUCAAUUGCCACUUCAAGCUGUAUAUGAGGUUUAUGGAUCGGUACCGCACCAGUUCUACUACUGUUGUGACUGGGAAUCGGGCGACUCUUCCUGGGAGAUCUGCUAGUCCUGUUGAUUUUCCGUCGGUUGAAGGGCCUGCGGCGGCGUCGUCGAAGAGAGGAUCUAAGGCUUCGACGGGAUCUGGCGCUCGGGGUUCAAGCAGGCCUGGCAGUCCAAGCAAGCCUGUCAGCCCAAACAAGGCUGCCAGUCCGAACAAGGCUACCAGUCCUGGCAAAGUUACCAGUCCUGCCAAGGUUACCAGUCCUGCCAAAGCUGGCAGUCGGGCACAGUCUGUCCCUCCUCGAGGCAAAUCACCAAGUCCAACCAAAGCGAACGCAGCAGGCGGAUGGUCCGUCAACAAAAGCCCAGCUAAGACCACCUCCCCGGGCAAACGCGUGAGCCCCAUCAGAGCCAGCGCUGGAAUCGAAAAGCCCACCAGCCGAAACUCCCCAAACAAAACUACCACCACCAGCCGUGCCAGAUCCGCCAGCCCCGCCAAGAACCUCCCCAUCACCCGCUCCCUCCGUGGUCCAGGAAGCACCUCCCCCAAGAAAAUCCCCCUCGCCGAAUCCGAGCGCCGCUUCAACCAGGACGACGACUACGGCGACAUCAUGCGCAACGUCGAACAGCAUCAGUACGCCACCGUCCGAUUCGGAGCCUUCUCAGAGCAAGCCAUCAGGAGCCUAGACCACCCAUCGGAGCCCGAAUUCCUGUCUCCUGAUGAUUUGGCGUAUGUUGUAGCGCGGGGCAAUCGGCGAGCGGAGGAGGAGAGGCGGGCGGAGGAAGAAGAAGAAACGAUUGAUGAGGUGGAUCACAAUGGGGUGGUGUUGAAUCAGAGGGUCGCGGGCCGGGCGAGGGGGAGUCAAGGGAGGGUGAUUACACGCCCCUCGCCAUCGCCGAGUCCGCGGAAGAAUACCUCCCCUGCCAAAGCGCGCAGCAGCGCGGCCCGAGAGGGCUCUGUCCCCACCCUCCGCCGCUCACCAUCCAAAGCCCUCCCGGCCCUCGAACCCCUCCCCGCAGGCGAACCCUCCAAAGAAGGCCACGGACUCAUCCGCUCGACCCUGAACCCGGAGUUCUUCGAGACCAAAGGGAAGCUCUCUAAGAAGAACCCUUUCUUCGAGACGAUGCCGCAGCCUGAGACGUGGCAUCGGAAUAUGCCCGGGUUCUUGUCGAUUGGCGAGACGCCGUAUAUGGAGCGGGUGGUGAGUAAUCAGAUUGAGGAGGAUUUGGGGAGGACGCAUGAGGAUGUCCAGGCCGAGCCGGCGCAGAAGAAGAGCUCGAUUGUUGGGACUAUCAGCAGCCUCUUUGGGGUCGGUGGUAGUAGCAGCAGCGGCGGCAAGGCUAAGGAGCCUGCUUCGCCGACUAAGAAGAAGGAUGUCGCUCUGGAGACGGCGGACAAGAUUUUGACGAUGUGGGAUUUGCCGAAGUUGGAUGUCGAGGAAUAG